UCAGGGCACGGUUCUUCUUGUUGCGACGAAGAUAUGCCGCCACCUAAAGAGCUUCCAGGGUUUUACUACGACGCAGAGAAGAACAGGUAUUUCCCCAUUAAAGGCCCCAUUCCCGGCUCUUCCCGCUCUUCUUCUGCGAAGCUUGGUCCUAAGAAACCAAUCCCAAGGUCCACUCAGGAAAGGAGCCCUUGUAGGAAGCCUUUGAAGAAAACAUCGAAACUGCUUCUUGCCAGGGAGUUAAGUGGCAAUAUCAUUAUGUCCUACAGAUGGAAAUGCAAUUUCAGGGAGGAAUUGCAAAAAACACAAGCAUCACAACCUGUGGUUUGGAAAUACCAGCGAACAGAUAGGAUAGAUAUUAGUGCUCUGGAGCAGAUAAACAUUGAUGUAGAGACUUUUGAGGGUGUGGUCAAAACUGACGUUUUGUUGUCAGGCAACUUGAAUGGCUCACUACGUUUUUUUGAGGUUCGCAAAGAGCAAGCUAUUGAUAUAACCUGGAUGCCAGAUCGUGUGAAGAAUUAUGCUAAAGGAAAAACAUACAAGCAUGACGAAGUGCCUGCACCAGUUGUUGCAAAUUAUGGAGGUUUAAUUGAAAAGCCAUCCAGAAUAUCUUGUAUAAGAUUGGGUCCAAGGUUCUCUUCUCAUGCAGAUGAAGGCCCUAAUGUUCGUCAUGUAUUAUUUACUCAUUUGGGAUCUGAGACAUCAGGUGGAUCAAUUCAUAUUAUGGAUCUUGCUGAACCAUUAAUGCCUAAUGUUGUGAGCCCAAUAAAGCAAGUUGCUUCCUUUAAGUGUACCUUUUGGACAGCAGAAUAUGAUUAUACGAGACCUCGUGCUGUAAUUGGUACCAAUAUUGGAGCUGCAUCCGUGGAUUUGGAAACUGGUCAGGCCUCGUGGUUUUUACGUUGCAAAAGCGAUGUUUUUGCUGAACAAAUUUUUAAUUCAGGAAAUUCAAUAUUAUGUGGACUUAGAAAUGGGGCAAUUAUUGCUAUAGAUUUUCGUGAGAGAAGAGAUAGGUUUUCUAGUAGACAUUUCACACAAAGGAUACCGUAUCCACCUUUGGAUAAAAAAGCUGGAAGUUCUAAUAAAGAAUGGUUUAAGCUCACUGGAGACAUGAAUCCUUCUCAAACCACUAGAUUGCCUUCGUCUAUAUCCAGUUUGGUGUCACUUCAAUUUGAUGAUCAAUACUUCUUGGCAAGCUCGAUGGAUGGAUCAGUGCGUCUCUAUGAUCAUCGCCUACUUCAGAGGGGUGCGAUUCAAUCUUAUGAAGGGCAUGUAAAUUCCCAUACUCGCAUACAGCUUGGGGUUGAUCCUCAAGAGAGAUUUGUUAUGUCAGGUGGAGAGGACUAUUAUUUGCGGCUAUGGAGCAUCAAGUCUGGUGAAUUGCUAUUUGAGGACAAGUUCUCUGAUACGGUUCUUUCAAUAGUCUGCUUCCGAAAAUACAAGUAUACAGACAACGUGUUUAAACCAGAGGUGGUAAACAAAUACAUGAACGACUAUCCUCUCGGUGCAUGGCUUGCUUCGCUAGGAGGAUUGUAUUAUGUGAACUGGUUUUCAUUAUGAACUAUACUGCAGGAGAGUGUGUCAGUGUAUGUAUCCAGCACAGAAGCACUAUAUUUUAAAUUUAGAUAAUUUUUGGUGUUUAGAUGCUCUCUUAAGGAGGUGCAAGACCAAUUUAGGAUGCUUUAAUACCCAUGUAAAAUUUGUGGACCUUAAUUCUCAUGUAAAUAUAUAUUAUACUCCUCUAAUCCUUGAUGUAA